GGUGGGAAUGGGAACACGCUGCGCAGGAGCCUCCUUUCCGUUCGGCUUCCCCAGCUGGACCCCAAAGCCCCGAAGCCCCGGGGGAAGGAAAUUACCACUCGGUGCUCGCCCACCCCCGCCCCGUUUCUCUCUCCGGCUCGCUGCCUGUCUCGCUCCGAUGCCGCCGAGCCCCGUCGCCACUUCUAGGUGGAAGUCCGGCGGAGACAGCUGCGAGCUCCCGGGCUCCGGGGAGGGAAAUGGGGCAGGCAGUGACGCGCCGCCUCGGAGCCGGAGCCCGCGCAGUGCCCCGCAGGGCGAUGGACGGCCGAGCCCAGCGCGCGCAGGACGUCCUGGCUGAGCUCCCGCCGGCGACCCCCGCAGGGAGAAAACCAAAACCCAAGGCACCGCUUCCUCCAGCUGAGACCAAAUACCUUGAUGCCUCUUCAGUUGAUGAUUCUGUAGAAUCUUCUGCUUUUAUCAUGGAACAGAAAGAAAACACGAUAGAUAAAGAUAUUGAACUCUUGGUGGUUCUACCUGGGGAUAUUAUCAAAUCUACUACUGUUCAUGGCAGUAAACCUAUGAUGGACUUGUUGAUAUUCCUCUGUGCACAGUAUCACUUAAAUCCAUCAAGUCACACAAUUGAUCUGCUGUCAGCUGAAAAGAACCCCAUUACAUUUAAGCCAAACACACCAAUAGGAAUGUUGGAGGUAGAAAAAGUAAUUUUAAAGCCAAAAAUUUUGGAUAAGAAAAAACCUACACCUAUAAUACCAGAGAAAACUGUGAGAGUAGUGAUCAAUUUUAAGAAAACGCAGAAGACGAUAGUGAGAGUUAGCCCACAUGCACCACUUGAAGAACUUGCCCCUGUUAUAUGCAGCAAAUGUGAGUUUGAUCCAUUACAUACACAAUUAUUGAAGGACUAUCAGUCUCAGGAGCCCCUCGACUUGACAAAAUCUCUUAAUGAGCUGGGACUAAGAGAAUUAUAUGCCAUGGAUGUCAGCAGAGAGUCCUGCCAAAUAUCACAAAACCUAGACCUUAUGAAGGAUAAAGAAAAUAAAGGGUUUUUCAGCCUUUUUCAACGCAGUAAGAAAAAGCGGGAGCAAACUGCCAGUGCCCCUGCAACUCCUCUAGUAAGUAAGCAUCAUCCAGCUUUUACGAGGAGCAAUACCAUCACCAAACAGUAUAUUUCAAACACCCUGCCAUCGGAUGCACCCAAGAAGAGGCGUGCUCCACUGCCUCCAAUGCCAGGGUCUCAGAGAGCCCCCCAGGACCCUGCUCACAUCCAGGAGAGGCCAGCUUCUUGUUUGGUGAAAUCCGCAAGUCUGGAUGAAACAGAGGAGAGUUCCUGUGGAGCGGGCAGGGUGAGGACAGGCUCUCUGCAGCUCGGUAGCACAUCCCGUGGGAAUUCAUCUUUGAAAAGGACAAAGCGAAAAGCACCUUCCCCACCCUCCAAAACAGCCCUGCAACAAAGUGAUGAAAAUAGUCACGUGACUGCCCUGCAGUCGGUACCUGCAAUUCCUACAGACAGUGUUUUAGAAGCAAACUCUUCUGAGGGCCUGUCCAGCCCAGAAUCCUCCCUUGGCCCUGGGUUCCCCGGUCACGAACAGUGUGCUGUGCCCCAGCUGCCGGCCGAAGCCCCUCUCUCGGAGUGCCCUGGAACGCCCGAGGUAGCUGCUGCACCUCUGCCAUCUGGAAUAAGCUCUGAUUACAGCCUUGAAGAGAUAGAUGAAAAGGAAGAACUGAGUGAAGUGCCUAAAGAUGAGGCUGAAAAUACUUCUCUGAAGUCGCAAGACAUUCCUGCUGUAUCUACUGAUAUAAUAAAUACACUGAAAAAUGAUCCUGACUCAGCCCUUGGCAGUGAUACUGGAGAGUCCUCACAAAACUCCAAAGAAGAAAAACAAGGAACUAGAAACACAGAUGGACAAGGACCACACAUUAUGGUAUGUAAUUCAAGCAACAAAGCGAGGGUAGCUGACAGUGUAAGAAACCUGAGGUCACCGGGCCCAAACCAGGAGAACGAUCAAAAUGAAAUAAUUGUCAUUCCAACAAACACAGAAGACAGUAUGAAAAAUGGAAUGAGGAGAACAGAAAUCAAUGUAGCAGGUGUUGCCAAAAGUAACAGUGUGGAUAUGGAAGUUGACAGACUAUCAAAUUAUCAGGCAUGUAAAACUGAUACUGCUAGAAGUUACAAGGAAAAUCAUCUUGCUGCUUCAUCAGCACCAGAUCAAAAACUGAUUCAACCUAGUGCAGAAAAGACAAAAAUGCAAGAUGCAGCAAUUCAGACAAUCCCUUCCUGUGACAGUUUUGAUGGGAAUCACCAAGAUCAUAAUUUGUCUGAUGUCAAAGUUGAUGAAAGUGUGCAAACUUCAAGUAACAACAAAUCAACUCAACACUCAUCUUUAAGCCCACAAGAUUCUUUAGAUACCUCAAGAGAAUUUGGGAGUCAGGGCACCCUAAUUAUAUAUACAGAAGAGCAACUCACCAUAAAAGAUCCAAUUUGUGCACAUGGUAAUGAUGAUCUUUUGCCUCCUGUAGAUGGGACUGAUAAAAAUUCAACAGCUUCUUAUAUAAAGAAUUAUCCAUUUUACAGACAACACUAUAAUCCCAAGCCAAAACCUUCAAAUGAAAUUACAAGAGAGUACAUACCCAAAAUUGGGAUGACUACUUACAAAAUAGUGCCUCCCAGAUCCCUAGAAAUAUUGAAAGAUUGGGAAUCGGAAACCAUAGGGUAUAAAAAUGAUCAGGAGAUACGUACUUUAGGAGAAAAGGACACUCAUGAGAAUGUGAAAGUAACUGCAAUCCAAACAGAAGAUCCUGUUAUUUCUGAAAGCCCAAAGGAGCCAGAAGCAGACCUGAAACCAAAGCCUACCCUGAGAACAGAGCAUCAGGUGCAAAGUGAGGAGAGCUUUACCCACAGCACAAUGUCAAAUCCUCUGAAACCUACUCCCAAAAUGACGAGAGACACUGGCACAGCUCCUUUUGUGCCAAAUUUGGAAGAUAUAAACAGUAUUUUGGAGUCAAAACUUAAAUCUCGGGUUUCAAAUCCCCACUCCAAACCAAGUUCUUUUUUCUUGCAGAUGCAAAAAAGAGUUUCAGGUCAUUAUGUGACAUCUGCAGCUGCCAAGAGUGUUCAAGCUGCCCCUAAUCCUACUCCAAAGGAACUAAUAAAGAAAGAGGUGGAAAGGGAUACAAUACCUCCUCCAGAGCCAGCUCUUUCUCCCUUAAGUAAAACAACUCACUCUCCUCCACAGCCACACAUUCAAAACACUGAUGAUGACACCUCUCCCCCUCCCGUAGCCUCUCCCCCUCCCGCAGCCCCCAAACCUGUUCCUCUUCCCAAGAGUCAGUUAGCAACACUUAACCUGAAGACUCUGAAAACUUUUGGUGCCCCUCGACCAUACUCCAGCUCUGCUCCUUCACCGUUUGCCCUCGCUGUGGUGAAACGGUCACAGUCUUUCAGCAAAGGUCGUACAGGGUCAUGCAGUGAGGAGGUCGGAGGUGCAUCCGCCCGAGCUCCAACUGACACAGAGGGAGGGAAGAUUCCUUCCGUAAAUACGUUUGUGGACAUCCCACAACCAGGUGUGAAAGACAAGGAAAAUAACUCUGCACAUAAUGAACAGAAUCCCCAAAUGCCAUCUCUGACUGACGGCCCAUCAUUCACCCUUAAGAGACAAAGUUCUUCAACAUUCCAAAGCUCUGACCCAGAACAGAUCCGACAGAGUUUGCUGACUGCAAUUCGUUCUGGAGAGGCUGCUGCCAAGUUGAAAAGGGUUACAGUUCCAUCAAAUACAGUAUCUGUGAAUGGAAGGUCAAGAUUCAGCCACUCCAUGUCCCUUGAUGCCCAGGAUGGCCAUUAAAUGUUGGCCUGCCAUGCCGCACUUCACCGCUCUAUUGCACAGAACGACUUCAUACUGAUGGAGAAUGUUAGCAAAUGUAUGUUCAGAUGUACACUAAUAUAUUAUCUAUUAAAGCAUAAGAACUUGCGCUGUGGCUUUUAAUGCCAAAAGAAGAAUUACCAGAAUUUAUAAUUUAUAAUAAUAUCUUUGGCCUUUUUUGCCUUAAGAACUGAAUAUGCUGCUUUAGAACUUUAAGACAAGGUGUUAAUGACUUUCAUUUUUCUCAAAUGAGAAAUAGUCACCUCUUGUUGAUUUCACUUAUUGACACAUUCUCUACAAUCGUGACUUAGACAAAGGGAUAAAUUAAGAUUCAUAGACUUAUAUUUGUAUGACACAUAAAUAACUAGGCAAACAUAGAUCUGACAUUUGCUGCCUCAAUGUUACAGUUUAAUUGGAAAUGUUUAUGUUAUAUUAAAGCCUAUUUGUGAUGAAAGUAUAAUCUAGAAAACUAAUGAUAUCAAAUAAGUAUAUUCAGUUUAACUGUUAAUUUCAAUGAUGAAUCACUUAGUGUGCAAGUCUUGUGUAUCCUUUAUGUAAUUACAAAAUCAGUGUCAAGUUUAUGGGAACGCUCAUGGUAUUUUAAUAGUUUAUGAACAUGGACACUUAGUUUUUUAAUCUUUAGAACUUAAAUUGCACAGGAGAAUUUUAAAUAGUUUCUGUAUAUAAUUAUAACAUUAUUGUCACACAGAUACUACACAUUUUAUGUGCCAGAAGCCUUACAAAUCUUCCUGUGAAAAUGUUGAUAUAUUGUGACAAUUACUUCAAAUUCGAUACGUAGAGAGGAACAGGGGUUAGUUUAUGUCCACAUUGGAAAACUUUAAAGACUACUUGGAGGUUUCUGAAAUCCUGGUUUUAAUUAAAGUGAUAGUCAUUAUGUAGUUCAGAUGCUAAUAUUCUAAAUAGUAAUAUAUAUUUACAUUAAAGCUAAAGUUGUUAAGCAAAACAAUGCCUAAUUUGUUGGCUUGUAACUGUUUUGGGGUCUAGAGCUUGUUGAUGUUCUAUUCCUACUUUAAAAAUUUAACUGCUCACUUCUUAUUCUAAAAGCUUUGUCAAACAAACUGAUGUUAUGUUGGUUUUUACUAAAGCUACUGGGAUAUCUGCCUCUUUGGAAAAUGUGUUGCUUUUUCCCCUGUUUAAUAAAAGCAAGUUAUAUAUUUGGGAUGCUUUUUAAAAUGCA